GUGUGCCCUAUACAUAGGAUAUAUAGAUAUAUAUUAAAUAUAUAUAUUUAUUCCAUGUAUAUUACGUUUUUCUAAGCCAUUUCUUGCUUACAUUUUGGUGCAAAACGGUGCCAGGCAAGUCAACGGAGAUUCUUACACACAUCGGAAAAAUCCAAAACACACAGAACACAGAAGCCGCACAGCCGUAAGAAAGGAAGGCAAAAAUCUGGUAAAAGAAAAUAGAGGAAAAAACGAAGACAACUCUUGUGAAAAGGAUAAACGCUGCAGAAAAUGAUACUUUCACGUGGAAAAACCGACUCGGCCAGCUCUAGGCACACGAACAGCACCAGCGGCGGAGCAGCCCCUGGAGGAGCUGGCAAGCAACGCAAGGCCCCAGCACCGACCACCCUAGAGGAUUUCAUCAUCAAAAGGGACUACACGGGGGCCAGGGCAUUUCUAGAGUACACCAACGAUGAGGAUGAUGAUGAGGAAAAUGAGGCGGCCGGAGGUGCAGCAGCCAGUGGUUUGAAGCAACGACAAGUGGAUCAAUGGAUUGCCUUUUGCAAUUUCCAUUUGGGUGACUAUCAGCAGGCCCUCACGCAGUACAAGGCCAUCCAAAAGACAAGCGAGAAGGCCAACGUGGAGCUCAAUCUGGCCGUGUGCAUGUUCUAUCUGGGUCUCUACGAGGAGGCCCAUCAACUGGUGUCGAACACAUCCGAGGAGAGUCCUCUCAAGCAGCGUCUGCUCUUCCAUUUGGUCCACAAAUUGGGCAGCGUUGAGGAGUGGGCGGAACUGCACGAUGAUCUGGAGAAUUCCUCGAGUGUGGAGCAGCAGCUGAGUCUCGCGUCGAUGCAUUACCUUCGGGCGCACUAUCAGGAGGCCAUCGACGUGUACAAGCGUGUCCUGGUGGACAACAAGGACUACAUGGCCAUCAAUGUGUAUCUGGCGUUGUGUUUCUACAAAUUGGACUACUACGAUAUGUCCCAGGAGGUCCUCGAUGUGUAUCUCGGCCAGCAUUCGGACAGCACCAUUGCCAUUAAUCUGAAGGCCUGCAAUCGAUUUCGUUUGUUCAACGGCCGUGUGGCCGAGCAGGAGAUCAAAAAUAUCGCCGAUAAUGGCACCUUUGGUGCGGAUCUUUUGCGUCACAAUCUGGUGGUGUUUCGGAAUGGCGAAGGAGCCCUGAGGGUCCUGCCGGGACUGCUUAAUAUCGUGCCAGAGGCCCGUCUGAAUCUGGCCAUUUACUAUCUGAAACAGGGCGAUGUCCAGGAGGCCCACGCCUUGAUGAAAGAACUGCAACCCACAUCGCCACACGAGUACAUACUCAAGGGUGUGGUUCAUGCCGCUUUGGGGCAACAAUUGGGUUCGAAGGAACACAUAAAAACCGCGCAGCAGAAUCUUCAUUUGGUUGGCAGUUCGGCCACAGAAUGUGAUACGAUACCCGGGCGCCAGAGCAUGGCCUCGGCCUUCUUUCUCUAUCAACAGUUCGAGGAGGUCCUGGUGUACAUGAACUCCAUAAGGAGCUACUUUGUGAACGAUGACGUUUUCAACUAUAAUUUCGCACAGGCCAAAUGUGCCACAGGCUACUACAAGGAGUCCGAGGAGCUGCUGAUGCAAAUCACAGACAUGGACAUCAAGAAUCAGCACACAUACUGCAUGAUCCUGGCCAAGUGCCACAUCCAUUGCAACCAUCCGGAGCUGGCGUGGAAUGUUUUCAUCACGCGGGACACCAAUGCCGAAGCCUUUCUGCUCCUGCAGCUGAUUGCCAAUGAAUGCUACAAAUGCGAGGAGUUCUGGGUGGCCGCCAAGGCAUUCGAUAUGCUCGAAAAACUCGAUCCCAGUCCGGAGAAUUGGGAGGGUAAGCGGGGUGCCUGCGCGGGUGUCUUGUAUGCCAUGGCCACAAAAGCCCAUCGGGGACGUCCUGGCGGUGGCAUAUCAGAGGUCAUUGGUAUACUCAGGGAAUCAUCCAAUUCUCAGGCAGAGGCCAUGAUCAAAACUAUACGUAAACAUAUUAGUAAUUUUAAAUAGGGGAAAUCAAGGUUUCUUUUAGUAAAUUAAGGAACAAUUUUUGAAAUUUAUUCAUGGAAAAUAGAAAAGGAAUUUAGAAAAAAUCCUAGUAAUAAAUCGAAAUGCUCAAAGCCUUUAAUGAAACAUUUUGAAGACCGAAAAAAUAUUUUCUCCCAAAAAAA